AUGCCUGCAAGGAAACGCCAGCCGAGUAAACGAAAAGCAGAGGAGCCAGUGGAAGCAGCUAUCGAUAAGAAGAAAGAAAACCGAGGUGAGAGAAUUCUUGCAGUUUAGUCGUUAAUAGUUUGCCAUAAUUUCGAUUCAAAGGGUGCAUGCAGCUCUCAGCUUUGCAGAUUUGUGCUCACUUGAAACAUAUAUUGUAGUAUGUUAUUUGUUUUAACCAAAAUUUUAAUACACAGAUGCACCGGUUUCUCGUGACAACAGAGAUGCUGGGUAUAUCCUGACACUGGGGCAAGGAGAUGUUGGCCAGCUGGGUCUAGGUGAAGACAUUCUGGAACGAAAGAAGCCAGCCUUUGUGAAGGGACUUGAUGGGCUGAAGGUUGUCCAAGUGGAAUGUGGUGGAAUGCAUACUGUGGCCCUCACAAGUGAUGGAAAGGUUAGGUUAUACAUGUUUCUGUAUGGGGCUUAUUACACAGAGGACCAUUUGCAGUUCCUUAAUAAAUUACUGGGGAGGAGUUGGGGGGGAGUGAAACAUACCUCCUUGUCUGGCCUAAACAGGGAGGUGCCGCUGAACAGGGUAUGUUUUUCGGGGUCUUGAGUCUAAUUAACAAUUAUUCCAUAAGUGUACGUUGGAUAUGAGAUGGUAGAUAGCAGGGGUGUAGCUAGGGGGGGUCCUGGGGUGCCCGUGACCCCCCCUUGGUAGGCCUUCUUUUGAGCAAACAACUUAUAUCUUGGCCGUAAAAGCCAUUGUUGAAAAGCCCACUUUUAAAUUUGUUUUUUUGUAAAGUAUUUUCGUCAACGGCUCUUGUCUUUAGUUAAUAUGGGCCUUCAUGCUGCGAUAAUACGACUGAGCCCGCCGAUACACGAGGGAAAGCAUCGGUAUAAACCAUAUAUAGUCGACAUGACAAUCUGGUGAGUAGCCUCUGUGACCCCCCCUUUGAAAAAUCCUGGCUACGCCCCUGGAUAGCCAACAAGGUGUGUUGCACUGAGUUGGCUACAAUCAUCCCAUAUCUAACAAGUGCAAGCACAAUAAUUGUUUCAUUAAAAGCGCCCAGAAAAUAUCGAGAAUUCUUCCUGACUUUAUUUUUAAGAACAACCAAUUUUCAGCUUGUUUUAAAUUUUGAGCAGACACGUGCAGUUACCAUAUUUGGAGAGCAUGUUAUAAUACCAUAAAAUUCCGAAAAUAAGCCCCUCCAUGUAUAACCCCCUCCAAAUAUAAGACCCCAAACUCGUAACGCAAAAAACCCUCCGUUAAAUCGCCCCUCCAAAUAUAAGCCCCCCGGGGGCUUGUACUUGGAAAUUGCCCUCAAAUACAAAGUAAAACAAAGCAAAAACGGUAAAUUUCCUUCCAACUAUAAGGCUAGCCCAAUCAAUUUUGAAACGCAAAUUUCCCUCCGUAGAUAAGCCCCUCCAAAAAUAAGACCCCCAAAAAGGGCCUUUGAAAAAUAUAAGCCCCGGGGCUUAUUUUCCGAAUUUUACGGUAACCCAUGAACCAUGAUGGCUAAGCCAAUCAGAGCUCUAGAAUUGCAUUAUCCAAUGAUUCAGUUUUUAAUAAACCAGCAGAUACAAUUUUAUUUAUUUUGUGUCCUGAACAGGAUUUCCUUCUGGACUUCAAGCCUUGAAAGUUGGUGGGGGGUGGGGGGGGAGGGGUGGUGCAUUUGCAGUGCACAGUCUACAUUAAUUUGUGGUACAAACAAUUUUAUAGAAUGUUAGGUUAUGUGAAAAAAUAAAUAAAUAAGGGUAAUGAAAAAUGGUCUCUUGUUUUAAACAUGGUAGCAAAAAGAAUGGUUUUAGUGUAAAACAGGAUCAGGGUCUUAAGAUGUCAGUGACACACCCCAAACUUCACUUUAAACCCCCCUCCAUUGCAAUUUCUUAUGGAAAUGUAAGAAAAUUUUGGUUAUGAUUUACAGUAUUUUAUGUCAGAAAAAGAGUAAGGAUUGUAACAAAACAAGGUCAACUCAGCGUUGUCAAAGACAGCAUGCCAAGUGGAGAAAUCAUCAACUAUAACAUGCUUUUGGUCUGCUAUUUUGCUGACUAUUCUCAGGAGCCAUUUGAAUAAAUCUGAAAGUCAAGUGUGAACACAUAAAGUCUUGCAUUCUGUCAAACUCUGUAUUCUAAUGCCAGAUUUUAGCAGUUACCUCUGACGUUAGCUUUUAUGUGACUGGCCCUGAUUCUCAGGUAUCGCACUCACCGUGAUAGAUGGCAAAAUCACCCAUUUUACUUACUAAAGCUGCCUACCUCAAAAAUGUUGUUACAAUCCAAUGAACUUGAACCUUAUUGGCACCCUUGGCCGGCAAGAUGAUCGCCAGCCGCAUUAACCGAGCUAUUAACAGUAAAAAAACGAUCUAAACGCAUAUUCCAUGGCAAUGAAUAAAAUUAAUGAUAGAACAUAACUAUGCUCUUCAAAACGCCGAUACACGUCCUCGUCUGCAAAGUAGGACACAAAACAUAUCUUUUGUUAUCUCAAUUCCGCUGUUAUUUUGAAGCGAAUGGUCAAAAUGACAUCCAUUUUCGGCUCAUACAGGUUCUUAAGAAUAGCAUUACAUGACAUUUUCUCACUUUCACAUCACCUUCUAGCAAGCUGGAAUUUGUAUAUUCCCCGUGUUGCGGAUUCGAAGAGCAAAUGUUCAUCUUCUCGUCAGGUUUAAGACCUGGAUGAGUCAAGGGCUCUUGAAUUGAAAUCUAAUCCCCAAGUUGACCAUCGUACUCAUCUGAAAGACGCCUGCGAGUCUUAAAUUUGGUAAGACCUCUAACCGUGCUGUAGAAAAUUUGCCACAAAGAAAACUCUGAGUCUGGGCAGCGAACGAUGAACUCUCUUCCCGUGUUUUUGUUUUUUUUCUCUCUUCCCGUGUUUUUAAAUGCAGUGCAUUGUGGUAAAAAAUGUGGUUAAAAGCAAUGCAUCGUGGUAAAAAGUAAUGAAUUCAAGAAUUCGUCCCACCUUAUAUAUUUCCUUUAAAUCCUGAUUAUGUUGCUGCUCGCUCCCUACGGUCGCUCCGCAGCAACAAGACAAUCAUGGAAAUAUUUCCAUUUGGAAUCAAUUUUACUGCAGAGUUAUAAAGGUUUUGAUGUUAUUUGUACAGUCUUAGAAAACAGUGGGAAACUAGCGGGAGUGAAUUUAUUAUUUUUGGUAACUAAAAAUAAAAAUUGAAAUGUCUCACUCCUCACAAAUGAAAACUAAAUUGGCCAUAAACACUGACGUGUCUUUUCUUUUGUGCAUGCAGCCAAUAGUUCUGGACCAUUUUUUUUGUUGCAAGAAAACCCUCUUUUCUCUUGUUCCUUAACAUAGGUCUACACAUGGGGCUGUAAUGAUGAGGGAGGGCUGGGCCGUGUCACAUCAAGUGAUAAUGGUGAGGAGUUUACCGCUGGUAUUGUUCAAGACAUGGAAAGUGUCAAGGUUGUCAUGGUGUCUGCAGGAGACAGCCACACAAUGGCUUUGUCGGAUAAAGGGACUGUCUUUGGCUGGGGCACUUACAGGGUAAGUACAAGGACAAUGAUAUUUUCCCCUCAAAAUUUACUGGUUAAAAAAUACAUUUUUCUGUGCUCUGGCAGCUUUCUGCCGCCAGUGGUAAAAAACGGUUAAGAAAAGGCACACCACCAUGCCUUUUUUUUUUCUGCAUUUCUGAAUACAGUUCUUAGAAUCUUGAGGUCAGUCUGAGUCUCAGCAAAAUCAAAACCAGCUCCGAGAUCCUCCUUCCCCAAUUAUACAGAGAUUAAUGAAUUACAUUAAUCAUAGGACAAAAAUUAAAUUACGAUGUCAGUGUUUUUACGGUAAUGUGGUGUUUGUUAUUUUUUCUGUGGUGUUGCAGUCCCCCAAUGUCCCUCUCGUUUUGGAAAACUAAAUUUUAAAUGUUACUUGUGAAAUGGACAAGGGGAGCAAGGAUGGCACAGUGGUGAGAGCACUCUCCUCCCACCAAUGUGGCCCGGGUUCAACUCCCGGUGUCAAGGCCAUAUGUGGGUUGAGUUUGUUGUUGGCUCUCUCCCUUGCUCCGAGAGGUUUUUCUCCGGGUACUCCGGUUUUGCCCUCUCCUCCAACAUUUCCAAAUUCCAAUUCCACCAGGAAUCAGCUAGAUGAAGAACCACUAUGUGGAUGUGCUACCUGCAAAUCGUUAUUUGUUUAUUUAUUUAUUUAUUUAAAUGGACAAGUGUCAUAGAAAAAAGUUUUUGUCUUGCUUAAAUCCAGCUUGUUGGGUUUCCCAUUCCAGGAUGCAAGUGGACAGGUUGGCUUACAAGUAGAUGGCAUCAAACACAAACCCACUGUGAUCUUGGCACUGCAAAACAACCCGGUAAUAAAAAUAGCAUCUGGUAAUGAUCACACUGCAGCCCUGACAAAGAAUGGCAACAUUUUUACCUGGGGAUGUGCCGAGCAAGGACAGUUGGGCAGAAUAAUGGGUUGUUUUACCAGUCGAGGCGGAAGGCGAGGUCUUCAGUACAUUCUCAAUCCAAAACAAGUCAGAGACAGGAAAAAACUUAAAUUUAAAGAUGUUUUCUGUGGGAGCUAUUCAACUUUUGCAGUUGCUGAAGAUGACUCUGUCUAUGCUUGGGGCUUGAACAACUACGGCCAACUGGGAACAGGAGAUGUUGAGACAUUGUAUGCUCCAGCAAAGGUGGAAUCUCUGACAUCUUUAGGGGACAAAUGUGUCAGAAUAGCUAGUGGUCAACACCACACAAUAGUUCUGGAUGCCGCAGGAAAGGUGUAUGCAAUGGGAAGGGCAGAGUAUGGAAGGCUUGGGGUAGGAGAAGAUGCCAAGGAAACAUCUACACCAGUUCCAGUCAUUGCGCUCGAUAAUAGCCCCAUUUCUGAGAUUGCUUGCGGUGAAGCUGUCAGUUUGGCAGUAUCAAGCAAGGGUGACCUUUACUCUUGGGGUUUUGGAAGUUGUCUACAGCUAGGAACAGGAGAAGAUGAGGAUGAGUAUUUACCCACUAAAGUACAAGGAAAGAAUUUGCAGUCUGAUCAGCAUGAAGUAUUAGGAAUCUCUGCAGGAGGCCAACAUACUGCUAUGCUUGUAAGGGAAAGAACUCAGUGA